UCAUCAAUAUCACUGACAACUAACGUGCAACGUUAGUCACUUGCUACUGACGAAAUUCUUGGUCAAAUGGUGACUGACGGAGUACGAUGCAACACGAUACCUGUUGCCGAGCUCCGUCAAUACGCUUUGACCGAUCAAGUAGGCUGUAAAAAUGUCCGUAACGAAUUGUUGAUUGUCGUAGAUUGUAUUUAAUUUUCAACGAGCAAAGUUACGAUUUCCGUUCCGGUUGUUGAGUUUGAUUUUUGUUUAAAGAAUUAUUAUGCCGAUCGGUGAGAACAGUAGUGUGGGGUGUUCCUCUAUGCAGAGAAAGCGAGCUCACGGCAGGAAAAGUUUUGCCGAAAUUGCCAAAGAGUGUUGCAAAAUCGAAGGCAUUAAAUAUUAUUGUGCUAUUGAUCCUGACAGUGGUUGUACUUAUAUACAGGAGAAUUUCGAUUCAGGAAAUUUGGUACGACACUUCCGGAACAAACAUAAAACGGCAGCGGAAAUUAAAGGGCUCUUUCCCGAUGGAAAUCAAGAAAAAAGGUCACGAGUAAUCACUAAGCGCCUUGUUUCCGUCGACAAGCGAACGUAUGUCGAAGGAACCAUAAAGCUUGUCACGCAACACAACCUGCCUUUGAACUGCUUUCAAUGGGAGGGUCUGAAAAUGUUGCUUGAUCCUAUAGCAGAUGCUGUGAACAUAAAAGUAUCCAGAUCAAACAUCAAGGUUUGGAUUUCUGCAGCAGCUAACAAACUAAAAUCAAUAAUGGCAGUCGAAAUGAAACACAAGCUGGUAUCUAUCAAAUUGGAUUCUGCAUCACGGCAUGGUCGUCACGUUCUCGGAAUCAACGCACAGUACGAACUCAACGGAAAAUUGGUGAUUCGAACCUUGGGAAUGAUUGAAGUAGACCAGAGACAAACUGCUGUGUUUUUGCGUGAUAAAGUAUUGGAAACAUUGCGUGUCUAUGAUUUGAAGUUGGAUGGGUAG